AUGACUCGCUCGUUUCUCUUACAGCGCCUACAGACGCUCACCAAUCAGCAAACUUCCAGCCAGCCGCCAAGCAGACCGCCUGACCUGCCGGCGGAAGCCGCGCAGAGGGCGGAGGCUGCACGCGCAGGCGGCGACUCGACAGCAGCGCAACGAAAGGGAGCAGCCGCAGCAGGGAGGGUUUCUGGGGAAGCGGAGGAGCAGCGCGGUGGCGUGCGGUUGGAGUCGGUUCUGGCCGCCAAUUCCCUUGUCGCCCUGCCUGGUCGCCCCGCCGUCCCCCCUUACGCCUUCCCCUCGCCCUCCCUCCACUCUUCGCUCCUUGGCCUCCCCGCUCCCCCCCUGCCCACAAGCACUUACGAGCCUGCUGUGCCGGGCACUGGGAUCGACUGGGGAGCGGUGCACCGCGAGUGGUUGCGGCGAGGAUUCCCGCGGUAUUCGGGGGAGCAGCUACGAAUGCGGUGCAAAGUGGUGCGCGGGUGGGUGAAGGACAUUCAGCUCCUCCAGUCGCUGUUGCCGCCUGAAGUCGCCUGGGACCCCACCACUCAGCGCUUUAGCCCCGACCCCAAGGUGAGAGAGGUCGAGGUGAGUGAGAGAGGGCGAGAUGGGUUUACCACCGUCCUCAGCCUCCUCUGCCUCUCCCUCCUCUCCCUCCUCUCCCUCCUCUGCCUCCUCUCCCUCCUCUCCCACCUCUCCCUCCUUUGCCUCUCCCUCUUCUCCCUCCCUUCCCCCUUUUUCCUAUCUUCCUUACCCGUUCGCCUGCUUCCUCACCACCCCCACCCGCCGCUGCAGCUGGGCAUCAUUCCGCGGCUGAAGCAGCAUGGGCAGUGGCGGCACUACAGGCGGUGGUGCAAGCACACGGCGCCCUGGCUGUCCCUCGCGCUGCUCAACGCCCACACUUGCCCUGCUGCGGCCCCGCUGUGGGACGAGGAGGAGUGGGAGGAGGAGGAGGAGGACGAGGAGGAGGACGAGGAGGGGGAGGAGGAUUGGGAAGAGGGGGAGGGAGAGGAGGAGGAUGGGGAAGACGAGGAUGAAGUGGUGGAGGUGGAGGGUGGGGUGGAGGGGAAUGGGGAGGCGGAGGAGGAGGAGGUUGAGGAGAAGCUAGAAGGGGUGAACUGGGAAGAGCUGGGGUUGGCAGAGUUGGGGUUGGCAGAGCUGGGGUUGGCAGAGCUGGGGUUGGAGAGGAGGAUGGUGGGGGGUGCAAGUGCGGAUGAGAGGGACGAGUACCCUGCGAGGCUGGCAGCGCGGAUCGCUGGCAUGGCGGCGAGCAGGAGGGAGCAAGGCGGCACAGAGAGGAGAGGGGUUGAGGGCGAGGGAGGAGGGGGUGGGGAUGGAGGAGAUGGAGGAGGAGGAAAUACACAUGCAUGGCGCGUGGGUGGGGCCCCAGAGGGUCGGAAUGGGGUGGGGGAAAGGCGGGAAGGGAGGCGUGUGGAGGAGGGGAGAGCGGGGAGGGGUGUGAAGCGGUCGAGGCCGGUGUGGGUGCAGGUGAGGGAGAGGAAGCGGCAGCGGCGGGUGAUGGAGAGUGUGGCACGUGCCCUUAUCGUGUUCCGGGGCAAGGCGAAGAAGGGGCAGGAGCACGUGUAUAGAGACCCAGUGGCAGACAGUGUGGUGAAGGCGGUGCAGGACGUGCAGGCCCUCCCCUCCCUGACGGACGCGCAGCGAGUGGCGGCCAUCGACGCCUUCCUGCAGCGCCCCCUCGACGCCCACGCCUUCCAGGCCAUGAGCCCCGCCCUGCAGACCCUCUUCGCUCUGCGCGCGCACACCCAGGCUGUUGACCAGCAGCUGGCUGGGAUUCAAGCUGCCGCUGCUGCUGGGGGGGAUGCGGCUCUUACAGACCAGCUCCUUGCGCCGCUGCGGGGCGUGGCUGGGGAUAUUGGGGUGGCGGGGGGGGAAGUGGGGAACGGAGCGGGGAUGGGGGGUUUGGGUGGGGGUGGGGGUGUGGCGGAGAUGGGCGCAGGGGGAGUGGGAUUUGGGGGGAACGGGGUGGGGGGGAUGGCGACAACGGGUGUGGGAGCAGCAGGGAUCGGAACGGCAGGCAUGGGAACAGCAGGGAUCGGAACAGCAGGCAUGGGAACAGCAGGGAUCGGAACAGCAGGCAUGGGAACAGCAGGGGUGGGAACAGCAGGGGUGGGAGUGAGAAGCAUGUGGAUGGCUGAAACUCGUAGAGGGGGAAUGGGAUCGGGGAUACCGCGGAUGGGGGAAUCAGGGUUCGGUUGGAGGGGUUUGGGAACGGUAGGAGAAACGGGAGCAGGGAUGGCAGAAGGUGGGAGUGUGGGUGUGGGAAUGGCAGCAGCAGCAGUAGCAGCGGCCUCAGCAGGAGGAGCGAGGGGUGUACAGGGUGUGGACGGGGGAGGAGGAGGAGGACGGGGGGUGGGAGGAGGUGGAGGGGUAGGAGGGGCAGAGGGGGUAGGAGAAGCAGCUGGGGCAGCAGGAGCAGCUGGUUUGGGUGGCACAAGUGCGUUGGGCGGCGUAGGUGGGAUGAGCAGCUCACAAGGGGCGGGCAGCACGGCAGGGCUGCAGCUGCUGGGGCAUCGCGUGCAGGAGUUUCUGCAACAGAACCUGGGACCAGUCAACGCCAGUCAAGGGGCAGCCAAUGCUGGUCAAGGGGGGGUGGCUCCAGCGGUGGUCAAUGGGAUUCAAUGCGAGUGCCCUGAGUGUGUGGCUGCUAGAAUGCGUCAAGGCACAGUCAACGCAAGUCAACAGAUGGCCAGUACGGAUCAACAGGCAGUGAAUGCUGGUCAAGGGGCAGUCAAUGCUGGUCAAAAGGGGUUGGCUGGCACUCCAGUGAUGGUCAAUGAGCAUCAAUGCGAGUGCCCUGAGUGUGUGGCUGCCAAACUGGCAGCCAGUAUACGCCAAAGGGCUGUCAAUGGGAGUCAACCAGUGGUCAACGCGGGUCAGGCAGCAGUCAACGCGAGUCAACCAGUGGUCAAUGCGGAUCCAAGGAGGGGAGUGGCAGCGAAUCAGGUGGAGACAGCUGUCGGCCAAUCAGGGUUCUGUGCAGGUCGUGUGGGAACGGCUGUUGUGCUACAGACAAGAAAUGCUGGCCCACCAGUCAAUGCUGGUCAAGCCUCAGUCAACGCUGGUGAAGAAACAAGAAUUGCGGGUCAAGGAGCAGUCAGUGCAGGUCAAGGGGCGGUCAAUUCAGGUCAAGGUGGGGGGUUGAGUAGUGAGGAAGAGUUGCUUUCAGGUGAGAAUCUGAGUGCUGGAUGGGAUACGAGUGAGGGCGAGGAUUUGAGUGAGGGGGAGGAGUUGAGUGAGGAGGAGGAGUUGAGUGAGGAGGAGUUGAGUGAGGGAAGGGGAAUCGUGUGUGUGAGGGAUAAUGGAGCUGCUGCGUUUGAAGCGGGGGCACUUGAGUAUGAGGGGUUGUGGCACGUCUGA